AUGGCGGAGUACGAAUCUGCUAGCUGGGCCAUCUUCAAGUUUCUCUCUCUGGGAUUUGUCAUUGCUUUCGGGAGUGCGGGAAACACUUUGGCCAUUUAUGCAUUCUGUAGAAGCGUACGUCUCAGACGAUCUCCUUACGUCCUCAUGGUUGGUUUCGUUUCUUUAGAUCUGAUUCGCGUCUGUGUAUGUUUCCCUGUCAUAUUUGUUACCGUCCUGGUACAAAGAUUUCAAUGGAAGUACACCAGUGAUCUGUGUCAACUGAUGGCAUUCACUAAUUUAUUCUGUGUAUUCGGUAAUUCUCUUAUCAUGCUAGCCAUAGCUGUGGAUAGAUACGUAGAAACUAAGUUUCAUCUGUUUCAUCGAAGGAAACUAGGUCAUGUUCUUGGACCCGCUUUCCUGCUUCUAGUUUGGGGUCUAGCUUUUCUCUUCUGUUAUCCCGCUGUUUAUGGAAUACCUGCAUUACCAGAAAUACCAUUAGAAGAUCAUUGUACCUUCCCCCAUUAUUACUACACUGAUGAUACUGACAUUCUGGGGCUGUUGUUUAGUCUCUUGAUUGUGAUCUUUCUGACAAACUUUAUAUAUUGCAAACUUUUUAUAUAUCUUAGACACAGGAGAAGAAUGAGACCUAUUAAAUACGAACCUGCUACGAGUGAAAAUUGGUCUUUUGGGGAUGGUGCCGUUGCAUUUCGUCUGCGACAGAGAUGGUUAGCCGCUUCCUUAUCAACGUCUUCCGGUAACAGAGAUAUUCGUCAUUUCCGUUUAGCAUGGAGAAAUCAUUUACCUAGAAGAAACACAAGAGAUCUAUUUUUNGUAGAAUGA